GCCGCUAACGCUAACUGUAGAAGUUCCGAGCUAGCUGGCCUAGCAAGUAAGAGAACGAUAACAAGUGACUUAUGUUUGAUUUGGUUAGCCCGGUGGACCCCGGUAAGUAAACUGUGUUUCGUCCAGCUAAUGGAGACAACAAACCUCAAUGGGAGUAGUUCGGGAACUGCGGCUUUAGCUGAGCUUUCGAAGUACCUAUCCCUGUAGGUUACUUUAGCUUCCCAGAUAGCCGUCGUUACUAUCCCUCGGAAGAAUGAGUAGAAAACACCGUCACCUAAAGGGAGCCGAAGUCAGCUGCUGCGUUAAAUACUUCUUAUUUGGAUUUAACAUUAUAUUCUGGUUGCUAGGAGCAGCAUUCUUGGGUAUAGGCCUGUGGGCAUGGGCGGAGAAGGGCGUGCUGUCAAAUCUGUCGUUGAUCACCGACCUCGGGGGCUUUGACCCCGUGUGGCUCUUCAUGGUGGUGGGAGGGGUCAUGUUCAUCCUGGGCUUCGCCGGCUGCAUCGGAGCGCUCCGAGAGAACACCCUCCUGCUCAAAUUCUUUUCCGUGUUCCUCGGCUUGAUCUUCUUCCUGGAGCUGACUGCGGGGAUCCUCGCCUUUGUCUUCAAGGACUGGAUCAAAGACCAGUUAAACUUUUUCAUCAAUAAUAACAUCAAGGCUUAUCGCGAUGACAUCGACUUGCAGAAUCUCAUUGACUUCACCCAGGAAUAUUGGAUGUGCUGCGGAGCUCAUGGGCCUGACGACUGGAACCAGAACAUCUACUUCAACUGCACUGACAGGAAUCCCAGCAGAGAACGCUGCGGAGUCCCUUUCUCCUGUUGUAUCAAAAAUCCUGCCGAGGACAUCAUCAAUACACAGUGUGGUUACGACAUUCGGCUUGAAAGGAGAUAUAAGGACCUGGACCAGCAGAAAUCCAUCUACACCAAGGGCUGUGUGGGACAGUUUGAGAAGUGGCUUCAGGACAACCUGAUUGUUGUCGCUGGGAUCUUUGUUGGCACUGCACUUUUACAGAUUUUUGGCAUCUGCCUCGCUCAAAACCUGGUAAGUGAUGUCAAAGCUGUUAAAGCCAACUGGUGACACGAGCCCCGCGCCGCGUGACCCGGCCAGGCCAUCGCAGCACACUUGGUACCGUCCAGAUUGUGGACGGAGAGCCAACACUCUUGCAUACCUACAGACAGAAAAAAAAAAGUUUCUUAUCCUGCUCAUCAGUGACACUUGAUACGAGGAAAGAAAAUGUUCAAUGCAAACCAAACGUCACGGAUUUUAACCCAAAUGUCCAAAAAGAAGACGGAGUUGCCUACUUGAGAGAUGAUUUUUAUUAUUAUUAUUAUUGUUGUCUGAGUUUGUUCCUUGGACAAAUGUAUUUAUGCCACACGGUUGCACAAAGACCCUCUGUCAAGCCGGGAAGCCAUGGAUGGAAGUAAGGUGACCAAUUCAAUAAACUGAGGAAAGCUGACGGGUCCUUUUACAGGUCGAGCAUCAAAGACUGCUUUUAUUUUUUUAUGCAUUCAUCUUGCUUUAGAAAAAAAUGGCGGUCAACCUUCUGGCCAGCCUCUGUACUCAUGGCGGGAGGGGGAGAUGCCAUGCGUAUGUCAUUUCCUCUCUUCUCUGUGCAACUUUUAAGUGGUAUUGAUACAGUUAUAUUCUAUUUACAAAUGUAAAAAAAAAGUGCCAUUAUUUUCCCUGUUUUUGUUUCCUAUAGUAAAUUUCUCCUGUCUGCUCCCCUAAUACCUCAGGACCUGGCUGAAGAUAUGUUCUUUACGCUGAAGACAGAUGCAGUAAAACAGGGAUAGAUCUUUGGAAGUCACCUUGUUUGCCCCCAUAGCGAUUGUAUCACUAGUUGAUUUUCUGAUGGAUGUUUAUUUUAUUACAGAGUUGGUUGGUGUGGUCAGUGCCAUAUAAGGAAAGGGGUUUAAUGCGAGCGAUUGUUGGGACGUGGGAUUGCUGGUUUGGGGCCUUUUUGUUCUUGACUUCUUUGACCACUUUUGUCUUAUAAUGUGUCCCUUUGCAUUGAUAUCUAUUUUUUAAAGAUGUCCUUUAUUCAUGCUUUCUUUUUGUGUCCACUUACAGAUAGAUGCUUAUAUUUCUAAGUCAUUGUUUUAUUUUUUUUUUAUUUUAUUUUUUUUUUUAUAUAAUAUGAGGCACCGACUGCAAAACCGCUUCUGUCUGUUGGUGUUACCAAACGUAACGGAGACCAAAUAAUUUCAUUUGUCCACGAGAGAUUUCCUCUGGAAUGCAAAUACCAUUUUAGAUAGAAUGUGAAUUUAUUGUCUCUUUCUGUUGAAAGUGCCAGUUGAACUGAGAGAUCAGAGAAAGAUUAAACGUUGAAAUUAGCUUUUAUCUUUAAGUGAAUUGUUGCGUCUUUUUGUCUGAAUUAAAUUUCAUUUGGAAGAGUUAAUACAUGCUGUUCUCACUUUAACAUGAAUGCUGCUUUAACUUUUGCUCGCUGAGUUGUGCAGUAACCCAGAGAGAAAGAGAAAGAAAGAUCUCACGCAGUGAAUUUUGAAAGUAUUUUGUCAUUUCUAGAUGCUUCCUCUGUUUAUUGUUUGUGAAGAGAUGAUUGGCUCUUACGACUUUGCUUUGCAUAUCUUGCCAUCCGGUCGUGAUUACGGUUUCGGUCCCAACCAGGUCAGCGUAUAACUCUGUCCUUCUAUUCCCAGUGUUUUAACUGUUGUCUCUGGUUGUAACGGUGUCAUUCUGAUGCGCGACAAACUGGAUCCAAGAGGGCUGGAUACAUACACACUUUACAUUUUGAAUGCUAUGCACACACGCCUGAAAGAUGAGAGGCAUUCACAUUCUGUGAACACAACCCCAAAAACUUUCCCGCUCCACUGAGUCCGUCUGUAGAAUAAAUAUCUUAGCACCUUCUGAUCGUCUGCUGCGUGUACCUGUCACAUGUUGCUUUCGCCCACAUGCUACCUUACUUCAAAACGCCACCCGAUCAGAGCGCGUGGGUUUUGCAGCCUGCCGCGCUGAUGUAUUUUUAAACAGCGGAGAGAAAACUGGAAAGACGAGAACAAAACAUUUUUUUUUUUUUUUUUUUUUUUUUUUCUUUUUUGAAUCGGAUGUCACAGAUCCUCGACUGGGACAUCGACGCACCUUAACGGCUUCUCUCAGUUCAAACUGAUGUCGUCUUUGGUGUAAUCAGGGAUAAAGGCCUGCAGCGUUCUGUGAGGAAGCAUAAGUCAAUACAUUCAAAGUGCAUUUUUUUUUUUUUUUUUUACACAUUGCCUUAAUUUGUCAUUCUUAAAGGACACACAUAAUCAUUUUUGCAAAUGUUAUUUUUUAAGUUGUGUUCAGGUUUGUUGCUCAGGACAGAUAUAUUCAUUUCUACAUAGAGAAAUAUGGAAAAAGGAAAAAAAAAAAACUAAACUAGCAUAGGUGAAGAAAAGUCUGCAGUUCAAACCUGAAUCUAUAAAGUCAAGGUUCAUAUGGGGGUUUCAUCCAGUCUCAGCAGCAGUGAGGAGAUCUAACACACUGACACUCAAGAGAAGCAAACAUCUCUCGGGAGGCGUUUGCUAUAAUUCACAUGUCAUGGAUGAAAGAAAAGUUAAAAUACCCAGUUGGUAUCUGCAGACAUACGUUAAGCCCUUGGUUGGGCUUAGUCUGGACAAAAAUAAAUGAUGCUCUGAUAGCUGAUUAGUUAACCUAAAUUUGUACGGUUAUCGUUUGGAGAGACGUACAAACAGAGGACACUUUUUUUUCCCCCCUCAAACUUUAUGCUCACAAACAACACCUGCAGUUUCUUAAGCGGUCUGGCUGUUGACUCCUUGGUCAGCCCAUCUGUCUUAACAAUGGAAAAGAGGUUAACAGUUUCCUUCAUAUUCGACAUCCCAGGUGGUUCUUAAUGCUGUGACACAGAGUGUUUCCAUCAGAGAAACAUUUUUUUGGUAGCCGAGGAAACAAAAGUACUUUCUGUAUCUGUGAAUUUCACAUCACUAAUAAUUGAUCACACAUCCAUUCGACAUAUUCCAUUUCAAAAGCAACGAUUAAUUUGGUAAUUACCCUGAGAGAUUUCCAGGUGGUGCCAUUAUAACACCUUGUAAUAAUUCAUACACGGAGGUGCGUAUUCAAUUUAGAGGAGUGUCUCAAAGUUACUUUUCUCUUUCUCCAGAAGGCCAAACUGGAGGGGGCUGGAGGGGAGUGGUUUCAUGCUCUUAAUAUUUUUAUAACAUUUCUGGAGUGCAUUUGGCCUUUAAAUGCUGAGGAGCAGUCUGAAAGUAACCUGUCCUCCUCCAGAUCUGGGUAGAAGGUGUGUCCUUUCUCCUUUUCUCUUGUGCAGUCUUGAUUAAUUUCCCUUCACACAGGUUAAGGCAUCUGAUGCGUUGCUCAGCGCAAAGAUGAGCUCAUCCUUUUCCCUCUUCAAUCACCCUCGCUUGCGCUUGGUGGCUCACACUUCUCCCAUUUGCAGGAUAGCUUGGUGUCUGCUGCCUGUUGAGGUAGACGUUAACUUUGUAGCGUCAGGUCUGCUGCACCACCAGCUCUCUCGAACAAAAAGCACUCCUGCUCUCCUUUUUCUGGAUGGAUGUGCCGAUCAUCCGCCUCCUCGGCAGUCGGGAUACUAACGCCGUAUUAAUUUGCUGCAGUAGUCUCGGGUGCAACGGAUGCAGAGGGAACUCGGUGGCGUAUGUUUGUUUUUAGGAGCUCUGGCUCGUUCUGCUUUUAUAUUCCUCUAAUGUAGCGGAAAGCAUGAGAGGAGAGAGCACUGCUAAUUGUCCUCUGUCCUUUAUCGUUAUGGCCUUGCUUUGUGAAACACCUUCCUAAUUUCGUCUGCCGUCCCUCUGGGUAAUUAAAUCAUUCCCAAGAGGAAACGUAGGCAAACUAUGAAUGUAAGUUUGUUUGGUUUUUUUUUUUUUUUUUGGUUUUUUUACCAGCAUGAACCUACUGCUUCAUGGUCAGUUUCAAAUCUCCUUCCUGCAUUGAAAAAACCAACAACACACAAAUGAAGUUUAGGAAUGCAAAUGAAGACUUUUCUGGUUUUGUUUUCCAUUUUAACACAUUAAAUCAGCAGGGAGAGCAAAAGUUGCAACGCUUUAAACUUCUUUACUAAGUAACCAUUUCUGAAAAUAUUGUCUUUUUCCCGCCCUCUGAACCCUUGUUUCAGCUUCAGCGGCGGUCGAUGAGGUGCGUGUUGUUUAAUUUACGAAGGUGAGCUGCACAUCACACAUUGACGAGUCUUACCUCAUCGUGUGCACAACGCUGCCCGCAUCUGAAGCACAGAGGAACGGCUCAGCGGAUUAGUCGCAGAGCAUAUUAACAGCAGCACCACGGUUAUUAGCGCUGACAUUUCCACGCCGCGACGUGACAUUUGAUGCGGAUACGAGCAUAAACAGGAAUUAUUAAAUUGUCUGGGUUUACAGAUCCGCUACAGAGUAUGGACACAGUUUGCAAAUCACUUAGCCACACUGAAACCACUGCAAAUGUCUUCUUUUACAGCAGGGCAGCAAAAAGAUAUUCUUUUAGUGCAUUCAUAAGUUUGUUUGUUUGUUUUUUUGUUAACUGUCUUGCUUGUAGCAGGUUAUAUAUGUAUCGGUUUGUUCCUUGUCUUCUGUACAUGCCUGUUCUGAGGUGUAGCCUUGUAAAGAAAUGUAAAUAAAAUUUUUUGGUCUAUUACACUGUAUUUUCUGUUACAACUCUUCUUUCAUAUAUUAAAGGAUUUAUAAGACCA